AUAAACUUGCUACCAUAUGUACGACCUUGGGAACACGAGGCUAAAUGAAGGAAUCAGCUCCAAAGCCCACGUGCCACGUGAUGCGUUCCUGCAGAACGCCCAGAAGAGGCAGAUCCGCAGUCAGGAAGUAGGUUGGUGAUCGCCAUGGACGGAGGUCAGGGGAGAAUGGGGAGUGACGGGUUACUUUUUGAGGUGAGGAAGAUGUUCUAAAAUGGAUCGUGGUGUUGGUUGCACAACUCAGUGAAAAGUGUCGAGCCAGUGACUUGUGCAGUUUAAAUGGGUGAAUCUAUCACAAUUAAGCUGUCAUUUAGGAAGCACAAGUCAAAACUACCCUGAGAUGCCACCUCAUACCACUAGGAUAGCUACUAUGGAAAAAACAAAAGUGUUGGCCAGGAUAUGGAGAAAAGGGAACCCUUGUGCAGUGUUGGUGGGAAUGUACAUUAGUACAGCCACUGUGGGAAAGUGUGGAGGUUCCUCAAAAAAUUAAAAAUAGAACUACCACAUGAUCCAGCAAUCCCACUUCUAGGUAUGUAUCCAAAAUAAUUAAAAGCAGGGACUAAAACAGAUAUUUUUACACCCGUGUUCACAGCAGCAUCGUUCACAAUAGCUAGAAGGUGGAAGCAACCUACCGACCGAUGGAUGGAUAACGAAAUGUGGUCUAUACACACAGGGAAUAUUACUCAGCGUUAAAAAGGAAGGAAAUUGACACUUGCUACAACGUGGAUGAACCCUGAGGACAUUAUGCUAAGUGAAAGAAGCCAGCCACAAAAAAAAGAUACUGUGUGACUCCACUUACAUGAGGUCCCUCCCUGAGCAGUCAAAUUCAUAGAGACAGAAUGUAGAAGGGGGGGGGGUGGGUGGGAGUUGUGGUUUAAUGGGGACAGAGUUUUAGUUUGUAAGACGAAAAAGUUCUGGAGAUUGGUUGCCCAACAGUGUCUAAGUGUACUUAACCUUACUGAACUGGACACAUAACACAAAAUUUACAGAUAGUAAAUUUUGUGUUAUGUGUAUUUUACCAUAAUUUAGAAAACAAUUAAUAAACCAAGUGCUAGCAUCUCCCUGGCCCACACUUCCCUCCCGAGCGCAGGCAGCAGCCACCUUCCUCCUGAGUCCUCCAUCGUCUCUGUGACAGCACGUGCUUGGUUCUGCAUGCUCCUGAGCCGUGUGUGUGUGUGUGUGAGAGUGUGAGUGUGUGUGUGUGAGAGAGAGAGAGAGAGAGGGAGGGAGGCGUUCACGGGUGUGGUGCACCCACUUCCCCCUCAGGGUCGGGAGGGACUGGGCGGCUGUGCCUCCACGGCUUUCCCUCCCUUGGCUGAGUCACGCUCUCUUUCUCUCUGCUCUCGAGUCUUCUGCUCUCACCAGGAGUGCUGCUUUGAACAUUCUUGUGCACCCCUGACUUUUGGAGCUGUCUCCCGACUUUGUGGGUCCCAUGUCUGAGGCUCCUGUAAUCCCAGGUUCCUUCAAGACUGGCUUCGAGAUGGCGUGGGAUCCCCUGGGCCGGAUUCUGUGCUGGCAAAAUGAGGGUGAGCCUGUCGGCCACAGACUGUUACAUUGUGCAUGAGAUCUACAACGGGGAGAACGCCCAAGACCAGUUUGAGUAUGAGCUGGAGCAGGCCCUGGAAGCCCAGUACAAGUACAUCGUGAUCGAGCCCACACGCAUCGGUGACGAGACAGCCCGCUGGAUCACUGUGGGCAACUGCCUACACAAGACCACCGUGCUGGCGGGCACCGCCUGCCUCUUCACCCCGCUGGCGCUGCCCCUGGAGUACUCCCACUACAUCUCCCUGCCUGCGGGCGUGCUGAGCCUGGCGUGCUGCACCCUCUACGGCAUCUCCUGGCAGUUCGACCCCUGCUGUAAGUACCAGGUGGAGUACGACGCCUACAAACUGUCCCGACUGCCCCUGCACACACUCACCUCCUCCACCCCGGUGGUGCUGGUCCGGAAGGACGACUUGCACAGAAAGAGACUGCACAACACGAUAGCGCUGGCGGCGCUGGUGUACUGUGUAAGGAAGAUUUACGAGCUCUGCGCCGUAUGAUCGGGGCAGCGUAGGGGGAGCAGGCAGCCCGGCCCGCGAGGUGGCAGAAGGAGCCCGGGAAGGCGUCUGGCUGCACGCUGGUUAUUUUAAAGAAAUAACAGAUCACAAGUGUACCAGGGGUUUUUUCAGCUCAUCACACUAAGAUGUGGAUUCCCGUAACCCACGGGGGCCUGAGGUUGUGGAAGGCCGACCAGGCAGCAGGAUGUGAUGGAAGCAACGCUACUGAGGGGAUGUGAACGCGCUUGGGGGGUCGUUAAGUAUGUUGUUUAACUGUACCAUCCAGAGCCAACCAGAAGCUAUUGACCAUUAAAAUUAUAAGAAUUUCAA